AUGGCGAUGUCUCUGUCGUCCCUCCGCAUCCCGUCGGUGUCUCAUGCGACCGAUGCUUUUGGAGAAGAAAAAGGACUACUCAUUUGCAGGCCAGACCGCAGUUGCGCACCUUUCUUCACCAUCCCGGAGGGGUGCUACGCUCUUGUCACUGACGCCGGCGCGGACAUCGACUAUUCGGACGGCCAGGCCGUGUGGCCCGCAGGGUUUCAUAUGGGCUUGCCUUGGCGGCUGAAAGUGUCCAACCUUGUCACAAAACAGAAUGUGGUUUUCGACAUGCCGGUAAAGGGAUGCAUCACUCGCGACAAUGUUACCGUGGAGAUCGAUGUAGCCAUCGUGUUCCGGAUCAUGGGCGACACUACUAAGAACGAAGAUCCGAGUUUGGUACGAAAGUUCGUUCACGAAGUGGGAGCCCGGGGGCUAGAGCAGCAGCUGCGCGGGGCACAGGAAGAGGAAGUGCGAGCGCUCGCGCGAACGAUGAAGCACACGGAGGUGUACGGCCUCCGGAACAAGGGCACCCGGGAGGCCAUCAAGGGCACGCUUGCGAGCAUGGAAGCCGGGGAAGAAGAGGCCCACGGAUUGCACGCCACGCCCAUGGGGACUCCUCAGCCCGACGAGGCGGCUACCCUGGAGGGUCAGUACGAUGAGCAGGAUGCGAGCAACGCCGUGGCUUCGAGUACCAAGGGGAGCGAUCACUGUCUCAAGAUGAAGGACAGUCUCAACAGGCAGUUCCAACCGCAGGGUGUGAUGGUCACGGCGGUGAUCAUCAAGAACGUCGCCCUCCCGCCCAAUAUCGCCGAGCAGAUGACAGGCAAGACUCUCGUGAUCAGCAGCGUCGCCGAGCAAAAGAUGAACCAGCAAUAUGACAUGCAGCAGAUCGUGUAUGACCAAGAGGUGGACACUCUGAACCAGGCGCAUGCGGAGCAGAGAGAGGAGGAGAAGCAGAAUUCAGAACAAAAGAUGAACGAAGUUCAGAUCCGGCUGGGCAAACUCAAGGCCGAGGCCAAGAAGACCGAGAUGCACAUCGGGGAGGCCGACUCGGUUGCGGUCAGACAGAUAGAGGCCGAUGUCGCUCUCCAGGCGUCUCGCCUGAAGAACUCCCAGGACGCUGCGGUCACGGAAAUGCGGGCCAAGUCCCAAAGGACGGCCGCGAAGCUUCGCGCCGAGACGGGAGCAUUCGUUACGGAGAAGGCUUCGGAAGCCUCUUUGGAGGUGACGAAAAACAAUGCCGACGCCACGGCGAUCCUCGCGGAGGCUGAGGGCAUCUGCGCUCCUAUGCUUGAGGCUAUGAAGACCUACACGACGGACAAUAAGCGUGUCGAGGUGAUGAAGAGCCUGUCAGACAACCCCGACCUCGUCAUCUCUUCCAGCUCGAACGAAGACGUCAACGCGAUGAUGAUGUGUGACGCUGUGCUGACCAACACCGAGCCUGGAAAGCCCCUCAAUCGCUCUCAGGUCCUCGCCGAGCUAGUGAUGUUGCAGAAGGGUUCGAGGGUCUACAUGGGCCACGACAUGGCUACCGCUGCGUGA